CGUGCCAUAUCCCUUUAUCGAACUCUACAAGAGGCAGCCUACCUACAACACCGCCGUCCAACCAAUCACCACUUGCUAACAUUACAAAAGAGCAGGACCCUUCCUGCUUGGUGCCUGGUAGGGCUGGCAUCAUGACUGUACCCGUACCCGCUGCAAGGUCUCCUUCCCUAUCUUGCCUGACCAGGCGAGGCAAGGCAAAAAAGGUGAGGCGAGAUCCAGGCGGCCAGAUAGACACCUUCCCCAGGCCUGCCUGCCCACUCACUCGUGUCAACCGUAUUAGGCCUAGCGGUGGGUCACCCUACGUGUAAUCCAAUUCGGUGAGGGUGACUGAUUGAGGCUCAACUCCUGUCAUGAGUUUUUGGAUUUGGGAAGUCGUGGUGGGAGGUAGUUCCGGAGCUGCCUGUUUGGUGAUGGUGAAGACGGAGUGGCGGGAUAGCUUAGACGCUUCCCGGUCCUUGCUGUUGAUCAUCGGGCCGCUCUCGUGCCGAGUAGUGGUUCGGCGGAGAGGUGAAAGGAAGUGGGGAAGCGGGAGAGAGAGAUGCGUAGGCACAGUGGGUAGGUAAUGCCGGGUGUUUGAUUGGUUGUAUGGUUUUUGAUGGGACGGGCGGGUUGGGGAUGAAAGCUUCCAGAGCGAAAUACCUAUUGAGCCCAUCAUUAACCUAACAGCAAAAUCUAAAGCUCAACAGUUGAGAGAAAAAAAGCAUCAAAUAUAUACCUUCCACAGACAAUAUUUCAUGAUAAAUCCAACAAGGAACCCUCCCCCCCCCCCCCGGCCCCACGGAACCCCACCGCGGCUACCGACUCCAUCAGGCCAGUGGGGUAAUGAUGUUGACCUUCCUUCCCCCGCCCUCCGAGCUGCAAGCUGUGACUUGAAAGGGAGAACUAGCAGUUUUUACCCCGCCAAAAACGUAAGAGAGAGUGAAAGAGCGAGCCACCACCCAAGCAGCUGUUUCUUCUUUUUAUUGAUUCCGUUUUGUUCUUUCUUUUUUUUCCUAAAUCCCUUUCUCUCAAAUGCUGUGUAUAAAAAGCUGCCAUCACCAGCGAAUUGCGUUGAGGACAACAAUAACAGCAAAACAACACACCACUGCUGCUGCUGCUUGUAAAAGGGCGUUCACCUCGUUUUCUUCUUCUAUUGCUUGCCCCUCUUUGAAAACCCCAGUUCGACUUCGACCUCUUCAUUACACAACAGCUCGCGUGCCCUGCCAUUACUUCUCCUCCACCUCAUCCAAAAUGGCACCCCCUCCCGCCUCCGCCCACGAGUUCCUCGACUUUGUCAACGCCUCUCCCACCCCCUACCACGCAGUCCAAACCGCCACCUCCCUCCUCCAAAAAGCAGGCUUCCACCCCAUCUCCGAACGCACCCCCUGGACCCCCUCCACCAUCUCUCCCGGAGGUAAAUACUACCUCACCCGCAACGCCUCCUCCCUCAUCGCCUUCGCCGUCGGGUCUCGAUGGUCCCCCGGCAACCCCAUCGCCAUGAUCGGCGCGCACACUGACUCCCCCUGCCUCCGUGUCAAGCCAGUCAGCAAACGCACCGCGAACGGGUACCUCCAGGUCGGUGUCGAGACGUACGGGGGCGGGAUCUGGCACAGCUGGUUCGACAGGGAUUUGUCGGUGGCGGGGAGGGUGCUCGUCAGGGUAAAAGAGGGCGGGUUUGAGCAGAGGUUGGUGAGGGUGGAGAAGCCGAUUGUGAGGAUCCCGAGCUUGGCGAUUCAUUUGCAUAGGCAGAGCAAUUUUGAUCCGAAUAAGGAGGAGGAGAUGGUGCCUAUUGCGGGGUUGGUGGAGGAGGUUCUUAACAAGAAGGGGGAUGUCGAGGAAGGGGAAGAGGAGGAGUUUGAGCCGCUGAAGGCUAUUGACGAGAGACAUCAUUCGGAGUUUUUGAAACUCAUUGCCAAAGAGGCCGGGGUGGACAAAGUGGAGGACAUUCAGGAUUUCGAGCUGAUCUUGUAUGACACGCAAAAGGCGGUUUUGGGCGGGAUGAAUGAGGAGUUUAUCUACAGCGGGAGGUUGGAUAACUUGGACAUGACGUUUUGUGCGGUCAAGGCUCUGAUUGGGAGUGUGAAGGAUGGGAAGGGUCUGGAGGAGGAGACGGGGAUCAGGCUGGUGGCGUGUUUUGACCACGAGGAGAUUGGGAGUUUGAGCGCCCAUGGAGCGGACUCUAACUUGCUGCCGGCUGUCCUCAGACGGCUGUCCGUCCUCCCUGGGGUCGACGGGAACCAACAAUCCGAAAGCAACGAAACGGCCUUUGAGCAGACCCUCGCGAAAAGCUUUUUGAUCUCGGCGGACAUGGCGCAUGCUGUUCACCCGAAUUAUGCGGGCAAGUAUGAACGGAACCACCAGCCGCAGAUGAACAAGGGGACGGUGAUCAAGAUUAAUGCCAAUCAGAGGUAUGCGACGAAUUCGCCGGGGAUUGUGCUGGUGAAGGAGUGCGCGAGGAGGAAGGGGGUGCCGCUGCAGCUGUUUGUGGUCAAGAAUGACAGUCCCUGUGGGAGCACGAUUGGGCCGAUGCUGAGCGCCAAGUUGGGGGUGAGGACGUUGGAUCUGGGGAACCCGCAGUUGGCGAUGCACAGUAUCAGGGAGAUGGGGGGGAGCUGGGACGUGGAGCAUGCGAUUGGGUUGUUUGAGGGGUUUUUGGAGGGGUAUGGGGGUUUGGAGGGGGGCUUGGUUGUUGAUUAGGGGGUAGAAGGCAG